GAGCCGAGGGGCGGCAUGGCCAGGGAGGCAGCCUCUUCGCCGCUGGAAGACUUGGACCUGAGCGGAGAGGAGGUCCAGCGGCUCACCUCCGCCUUCCAGGACCCGGAGUUCCGGCGAAUGUUCGCCGAGUACGCCGAAGAGAUCACAGACCCCGAGAACCGGCGGCGCUACGAGGAGGAGAUCAUCGCCCUGGAGCGUGAGCGCGGCGUGGAGGUGCGGUUCGUGCACCCGGAGCCGGGCCACGUGUUGCGCACCAGCCUGGACGGCACCCGGCGCUGCUUCGUGAACGUGUGCAGCAACGCGCUGGUGGGCGCGCCCCGCAGCCAGCCCGGCUCCCGGGGCGCUGCGCCCGGCCGCCGCUGGUCCCUGCCCUACAGCCUGGCGCCCGGCCGCGAGUACGCGGGGGGCCGCGGCACCCGCUACACCGUCUACGACGUGGUCUUCCACCCGGACGCGCUGGCGCUGGCGCGGCGCCACGAGCGCUUCCGCCAGAUGCUGGACGCCACGGCCCUGGAGGCGGUGGAGCAGCAGUUCGGCGUGAAGCUGGACCGCAGGAACGCCAAGACGCUGAAGGCCAAGUACAAGGGGACCCCGGAGGCCGCCGUGCUGCGCACCGCCCUGCCCGGGGGCGCCGCGGCCCGGCCCGAGGCGGAGCCGGACAGCCCCCUGCCCGCCCUGCCCCGGCCUCCCCGGCCGCAGGCGCCCGCCGCCCCGCAGGCCGCCCCGCAGGCCGCCGCGCCGCCCGCGCCCACCGAGCCCCGCUACCGCGUGGUGCAGCGGCACCACGUGGACCUCCAGGACUACCGCCACUCGCGGGACUCGGCCCCCAGCACGGUGCCCCGGGAGCUGCUCGUCACCGUGGAGCUGCCGCUGCUGCGCUCGGCCGAGCGGGCGGCGCUGGAGGUGACGGGCAGGCUGCUGCGCCUCGACUCGAGGGAGCCCGACUACCGGCUGCGGCUCCGGCUCCCGUACCCGGUGGAGGACGGCCGCGGCAGCGCGCGCUUCGACAGGGCCCGGCGGCGGCUGCUGGUCACGCUGCCCGUGGCCGCGAGCGCCACGCGCCCGGAGCGCGCCGCCACCCCGGAAGAGGCCGCCGCCCGGCCCGGAACUGACGGCGCGGCCCGCGCUUCCGCCCGCCGCGGGGAGGCCGCGGGCUCGGGUCCCGGCCCAGCCGCGGAGGCCGCCGGCGAGGGGCGGGCUUUCGGCGGGCGAGAGCCGGCGACCGCGGGCCGCGGGGAGAAGCCGCCCCGCGGGGCCGCGGCCUCGCCUGAGGAGGGCGGUGCCGGCGCGCCGAGGGCGGCAUCCGGGGACCCGGACGCGGGCUCGGCGGCGGGAGCAGCGGGCGCGCGCCCAGCCCUCGGCGUGGAGGCGCGCGCGGCCCGGGAGGGCGCCCGCGGGGCGCCGGCUGACGGAGCCCGCGGGCCGCCCUUGUGCCCGCCUUUGCGGUGUCACCAGCGCGAGGACUCCCUGACUCUGCUCGUGCAAGUGCCUCGGAUCCAGCCGCGCAGUCUUCGCGGGGAGGUGACCGCUCUCCGGUACACACUGGCCUUCGCCACCCGCGACUCAGUGUGCUAUUCCUUCGUGUUGCAGUUCACUCCAGAGAAUAGACUGAGUCCCGGGGAACCCGUGGUUAGCGUCUCCUCCGACAACGCGGUGAUAGAGCUGGCCAAGUCUCCGGAGUGCCGCGGACAGUGGAGAGAGUGGUAUUACGGUGUGAACAGCGGUUCUCUGCAGGAAAGGUUAUUUGUCAAUGAAGAAAAUGUUAAUGAGUUUCUUGAAGAGGUCCUGAGCCCUCCAUUCAAACAAACAAUGCCCCUAACCCCACCAUUGAUCGAAGUUCUUCAGGUGACUGAUAGGAAGAUUGAAAUCCAUGCAAAGUUGCAGGAAUGUAGUAACUCUGAGCAGCUUCAUGAGAAAGAAGAAAGAGUCAAUGAAGGAAAUCAUCUAACUGAAAAAGAAAGUCUAGAACAUGCUGCUACCUCAACAACUGAUUCAUCUGUAGCAGUCAAAGUACUAGAAGCAGACAGUUGUAGUUCAGUUGCAGGCUUGCAACAAGGGGCCCUUGAUGUUUCUCAAAAACCGUUUGCAAAGUCUCAGCAACCUGAGUCAAAAAUGGAACCUGAAUUUAUAAAAGACAAAAGUGCUGUUCACUCAAAUGAAGAAAAAGAUAAUUUAAAAGAACCGGUAAUAACUGAAGAGAAAGAAUUAGAUGGAGAUCACCCAUCUUCGUUACUGAACAAAACUGCGGUUCCCAAUACACCUGGUUUUGACAACAUAAAGGAAACCAAUAUGCAGGAUGGUAGUGUGCAGGUUAUUAAAGAUCAUGUGACUCAUUGCUCAUUCAGUUUUCAGAAUUCUUUGCUUUAUGACCUGGAUUAAUUCUGUAUCAUCUUAGAAUUUAAAGGCUGAAUAAAAACUUUUGGACUUAAAAUAGAUUCCCUUUCUGUUUACAAAUCCUAAAACCAAAGGUAUUCAAGAAAGUAUAAAAUUAAAAUUUGCAGUUUUUAUUCUCAUGGGAAACUGAAGCUGUUUAUUUUUUUGCAUGUAGAGUUUAUACGAAGCUUCCUUAAUUAUAGAAAUAAGUUUUAUGAUUCCUCUGGUGUAUAUUUUUUCUAAUGGAGAGUUAGUUUUAAUAUAACCUGUUUAUAUUUACUUCUGUGUUGUUUUUGGCUUUGUUUGCCAUUACUUUAAUAAAGUUUCAAAGUGAGUAUUAA